GUUGACAGGAGAAGCGAUAAAUAUCUCACCUUUAAAUCACUAUAUAUACACAUACAUCGUGUUGUACUCUAAUGAGUUCAACAUUGUUUCACAAAAAAAUCUAAGUGAUCAGUGUUAAUAUGAAACUCACUGUAUUCGUCUUCAUUGUGUUGUGCAUUCUACUCCCACCGACGAUAAUCAAUGCUGAAACCAAAGUGACAGUAAAGCCUAAUGUGACUGACGCCAAAGGUGAAGACGAAGACGGCGAAGAUGAUGAUGACGAUGAUGACUACGGAAAAGAUGGUGGAAUGGUACCAAUACUUCGAGUAUUACAGGCUUCGUGUAGACGAGGACGUGUACAUGUCUAUAAAACAAUUGACAAGUAUUUGAAAAAAGAAGAUUUAGACAAAAAAUUACUAGAAGUUGCAAAAAUCGUUGGUAAACGUUUUGAAAAGCGUAUGGAAUACUUAGCGAAGCAGCUGGAUGCGGUUUUCAACUAUGAAACAUCCUAGACAAAAAAUUAUGUAUUAUAUAUUUUAAAUAUUUAUGAAGAAUACAGUUGUUAGUGAAUUUA